AUGGGUUCAGGGCUGCAUACCCCAAAUCUCACACCCUGGGCAGAGGAGAUGAAGCCCUACAGCAUCCGCUUUCGAUGCCGCGGCGAAGCUGCUGCCAUCGCCUCGCAAGGCCUGACACCUUCAUCUGCUGUGGCCCCACGACAGGGCUUUGGUUUUGCCGCUGCCUUGCGUCAACGUCAAUGGGGGGAACUGCCUUCGUGCAGCCCCGAAGCCUUGCGCCACGUUCAAGCUUUCUGCAAUGCUUCGGGUCCAGGCUUAGGGAACGGAAUUCUGAGGGGCUGCAUGCGGGUACACUUAGUCAGCAAGGAUGCUUCCACCUGA